UAUAGCUGUGCAUUCGUAGAAAUAUUAAACAUCUUUCAACAAUUAUUAAGCUAAAAACAAAAAAAUAACCUCGUACUUCACUUUUAACUAUCAGCUGAUAAAGCGCCAGGGCAUUACAAGCAGCACUAAAAUUACUGAAUGGUUGCUUAUGUUUAGGCAUGGAUAUUUAUAUGGCAUUGCAUGAAAUCUCAGAUAAACUGGUAGAAAAGUAUAUGAAACAGCGGGUGUGUACUAUGAAUAGAUGAAUGCCGUAUACUGAUGGGUCUCCUAAGCCUUAAAAGAGUUAAAUCUCAUUGUCGAUGCCUUUGCCAUCCGUGACGUGCAUGAUGACUUAAAGAGACAGAAGUACAUAACCACAGUUUGAUACUUUCUUUGCCCACGGAGAGCUUUGCUCUUCAGGAGACGGGACAUUGACUAAACAAACGUCUGCUUAAAGGGGGCUUUAAUUAUUUCAAGAGGACAUACUCUCUUCAUAUACAUUUUCAACAGAAACCAUGAGAACUGUUUUGCUGUACAGGCCGGAUCAGCAUUCGGUCCCUUCUUCAACGCUUUUCCUGUCAAGAAUCCAAUGCAGGACUAUUGGACCAAUUGCACAUUAAUAGGGUCUGUCAGCAGAGUUAAGCUGCCUUCAUGGACCAGGGCAUUCAAGAUGGUCAUAGACAUCAAUAACAGUUACAUUUAUGGGAAGAGUCGAAACUACAUGAUAGAAGAACUUCCAAGAGAUUUCAGUACAUCUAGAAUGAUUUCAGGAUCACUGGAUUCCCAUUUGCUUAUGAUUGUACAAGAAGCCUCUCCCAGUGUAUUACCGACUCCCAGCCCAUCACCUGCCAACGAUACCCGGUGUGGGGAGCAGAUUUUGAACUAUGGAAACAUCGAAAAAGUGGUAAUAGGGGGCAUCCUUACGAUGCUUACUUUGCUAACAGUUGCUGGGAACUGCUUAGUGGUGAUUUCAGUAUGUUUCGUUAAAAAACUAAGGCAGCCUUCGAAUUAUCUCAUUGUGUCUCUCGCUCUGGCUGAUCUCUCAGUAGCCGUGGCGGUUAUGCCCUUUGUCAGUGUUACGGACCUUAUCGGGGGUCAGUGGAUAUUCGGACAGUUCUUCUGCAAUGUUUUCAUCGCCAUGGAUGUUAUGUGCUGCACGGCAUCUAUUAUGACUCUCUGUGUUAUAAGCAUAGACAGGUAUCUUGGAAUUACAAGGCCGCUGACAUAUCCUGUUCGACAAAAUGGAAGAUGUAUGGCCAAAAUGAUUUUGUGUGUUUGGUUGCUAUCUGCCUCCAUUACUCUGCCACCAUUGUUUGGAUGGGCCCAGAAUGUGAAUGACAACCAAGUAUGUUUAAUCAGUCAAGACUUUGGCUACACCAUUUACUCCACAGCUGUGGCAUUUUAUAUCCCCAUGUCAGUUAUGCUGAUGAUGUAUUACCGGAUAUACAAAGCUGCCAAGAAGAGCGCUGCCAAGCACACAUUUUCUGGCUUCCCACGUCCAGAGGAGGGUGGCAUUGACUGUGUAACUGGAGCUAUUAAAAUACACAAGGAGUCGGAAGAUUGCACCAAUUUUUCACGGCUCCUCAAACAUGACAGAAAAAACAUUUCCAUUUUUAAAAGAGAACAGAAAGCUGCUACCACCUUGGGUAUUAUUGUGGGGGCUUUUACAGUGUGUUGGCUGCCUUUCUUCCUUCUUUCCACAGCCAGACCAUUCAUUUGUGGCAUUGAAUGCAGUUGCAUCCCACUUUGGGUGGAAAGGACAUUUCUUUGGCUGGGUUAUGCCAACUCUCUUAUCAACCCUUUUAUUUAUGCCUUUUUCAACCGUGACCUGCGGACCACCUACCGGAACCUGCUGCAAUGUAAAUACAGGAACAUUAACCGGAAACUGUCAGCAGCGGGAAUGCACGAGGCUCUGAAACUUGCAGAGCGGCCAGACCUUGUCCUUUAGGAAAUCGCAUUUUUACAAUACUGUGCCUAAUCAGCAAACCUCACAGAGCAAUUUAUUUAUUUUUAUGCAUUUAAAUAAUUUAUCAGCUUUCCUUUAUACCAUAUCAUUACACUUAAGCUUUUAUUUUGGAAAGAAAUUCAUAUUACUGUGAUUAUUCAGAAUACUGUGCCACAUGACAUGCUGAAAACUAGUGAUAAACAAAUAUGUAAAUAUGUUAUUUAAUAAUCUAGCUCUUUCCCAUGAAAGUUGUCCCACCUACAUGCUCUUAGUUAACUUAAUCUGCUGUCCUGAUCAAUGUAUUCAUGCAUUUGUAAAAACAAAA